AUGGAUAUCGGCGGUUUGGAGACAGUGGUGGCCAACUCGGCCUAUGUGUCCGCUCGGGGAAGCAUAGAUGGCGCUGCGGCAGCAACCUUGCGAGACAAAAAGAUGCGGGCCAGGCUGAAACUCCCGCACAUCAGAGAUUGUGAAGGAAUGAAAGCAUCGGUGGGCAAGACCUUUGACAGCAUGUGCGUCAAUGAGCCGAUCGGUAAGCGGCUGUUCCAGCAAUAUCUGGAAAGUGAGGCCACCCACAAAAAUGCUGGAGAGAUGUGGAAGGACAUUGAAGACUACGUCAUAUGCCAAGAGAAGGACAGACUUCAGAAGGCUCAAAAAAUGGUCAAUAAAUACUAUAAGUCAGCGUCCAAGAACUUCUGCAGCUUCCUUGAAGAGAAGGCCGUCACCCGAGUGAAGGAGGACUUCAAAAAUGUCCACGGUGACUUAUUCAAAGAGAGUGAGAAACAGCUCCUCAAACACCUGGAGACCAAGACCAUGGCCGGCUUCAAGCAGAGCAUGUACUUCUCACGUUACGUUCAGUUCAAGUGGUUGGAGGCCCAGCCCGUUGAUGAGGAGUGGUUCAUGGACUUCAGGGUCCUUGGCAAGGGAGGUUUCGGGGAAGUGUUCGCAUGUCAGGCCAAGGCCACGGGUAAAAUGUACGCCAAUAAAAAGCUGGACAAAAAAAGGCUGAAGAAACGCAAAGGAUAUGAGGGUGCAAUUGUGGAGAAGCGGAUUCUUGCCAAAGUCCACAGUCGCUUCAUUGUGUCGCUGGCUUACGCCUUCCAGACCAAGACUGACCUCUGCCUAGUUAUGACUAUCAUGAAUGGUGGAGAUCUCAGGUUUCAUAUGUACAAUGUGGAUGAAAAAAAUCCUGGCUUCAAUGAGAAGAGAGCUUGUUUCUACACAGCGCAGAUCAUCUGCGGGCUGGAGCACCUUCACCAGCACAGGAUUAUCUACAGAGACCUGAAGCCGGAGAAUGUGCUACUAGAUGAUGCAGGACAUGUCCGCCUGUCAGAUUUGGGGUUGGCUGUUGAACUCCCACCAGGAAAAGACAAAACUUCUGGUUAUGCAGGAACUCCCGGAUUCAUGGCCCCAGAGCUACUCCAGAAAAAGGAAUAUGACUACACAGUGGAUUAUUUCACUCUAGGAGUGACCCUGUUUGAGAUGAUAGCAGCCAAAGGACCCUUCAGGAUACGAGGAGAGAAGGUGGAGAACGACGAGGUGGCCCGCAGAAUUUUGAACGAUCCAGUUCCGUACACUCCCAAUUUUAGCAAUAGCUGCAAAGCUAUUUGUGAAGGUUUGAUGGAAAAGGAUCCAGGGAAACGCCUCGGGUUCAAAAACAAUGAGUGUGCAGAGCUGAAGAGCCAAGCCUUCUUCAAGGAGAUCAAUUGGGGACGUCUCGAGGCUGGUAUGCUGCCACCGCCAUUUGUCCCUGAUCCUAAGAUGGUCUACGCCAAAGAUAUUGACGAUGUGGGCGCCUUUAGCACCAUCAAAGGUGUUGUCAUGGAUAACAAGGAUACAGAAUUUUUCAACGACUUCGCCACAGGCAAUGUUCCAAUCCCCUGGCAGGAGGAGAUGAUCGAAACGGGUGUGUUUGGAGAGUUGAACAUCUGGGCAGAGAAUGGAAAGCUACCUAAUGACCUAGACCCAAACUAUGUAGAAGCCAAAGGUGGCGGAUGUGUCAUUCUUUAA